AUUUAAAAAAGCACAGGAGAAAAUUUAUACACAAGACAUAGUUUGUGAAUACUGUGCAUGUUUUAGACUUAGUUUUAUCAACGUAUCUAAACAAAUACCGGCCCCUGAGAGUCUGAAAUGUUUCAAUUAUUCGAAGGGGUGACUUUACACCACCUGUUAAGAUGAAUAGACCGGCAACUAUUUUUACUGAUACUUUGAAAAAAAAGGGGAAAAAAAUAAUUUAUAUGCAAAUUUAGAUACAUAUGAAGAGGAGCGUAAGUGUAAUUUGGUUUUUACCAUUUGGCUUUUGAGGCGAAGUAGGUCCGAGCUGACAAUCAAUUAAGUAUUAUUUUGUUGGCGACGUUCCACGGAACGUGAUCUCGCAUCUAGACGACAUAUCAAUCGAUUGGCUUCAAAAUAUUAUACAAGAGUGUCCAAAUAACGCGUACAGUGACAAGUCCGGGUGCCACCAUGCAACAUUUUUCGAAACAAUCGCAGACGCAACAUCGAUCUGCCCAAUAAUGAACUCCAGCCAAUCACGGAUCAAUUUUACGAAUCAAGGUAGAAAUCUCACCAAUGCCCCUUGAGAGUGAUACGUCAUCCGUUCGUUCCUAACAGCGCGUGUCUGAUUGGUCAGCUCGAUUCGGGGGCAUUGCAAAUGCAAACCGUAUGUAUUUGGAAACUGUACUGCGUGCAGUGAUAUUAAACCGCCAGUUGUUAUCAUCAAAAGAAACCCAGCUACUCCGGUAUGACCUAAAACAGUCCGCCCUCUUCCGUUGAUUGAGCUCACGCUUGAGUUCCCGCUGGACGGGGGUUUAAAAGGACAAGACAGCCAAAGGCGCGUGGCAUUUCAUAUCGCAUAAAUGCGUGGAGAGAGGCAGUGAACAUAUGGGAAGUAUGGCACUGUACGAUAACUCUUUUUUUAUGGCGGGGGGGAAUGAUUCCUGGCCCAGUGAGGAGGGUCAGGACCCACCGCCCGCGGUAGAGAACUUGAUCUCCGUGGUGCUAUGGCUGCUGUGUGCGGUAAUCGUGAUCGGGAAUAUUCUAGUCAUAUCUGCCUUCGUCAGGGAUAGGGAACUGCGAGUCAAACCUGCCAAUCUCUUCAUUUUAAAUCUCUCCAUAUCGGAUCUGAUGGUCGGCUUAAUCUCUAUUUCGUUUUACAAUAUCUGGGAGCGGCACACGGAAUCAUGGAUAUUCGGGGAGGUGGUGUGUAAACUCUGGACUAUCGUUGACUACACGGCUACCACCCAAUCCGCUAUGGCGAUCGUUCUCAUCAGUUUCGAUCGGGUGAUGUUGGUAUCGAAGGGGUUGAAGUACCGGGAGUACAUCACCCUACGGUUGACUCUAUUCCUCAUCGUGUCAUCAUGGAUCUGGUCCUUUAGCUUAAACUCCAUCCCAAUCUUAUUCUCAGACACCGUGACUGUACAAUGGGUGGACUACGGGCUUAGCUGUGACUUCGGUAUCCUAUACCAAUUCGUGUAUAAAAUGACUGCGAUCAUAUUCUCCUUUGUCAUCCCCUUCGUAUGCCUGGCCAUUUUUAACAUCAUAGUUUAUAAUAACAUUCGCGCUCGCUCCCGUGGUGUGUACAGUAGCCACUCUAACACCGCGAGGCGGACUGAAGGUGCACCGGUCCGUUGCAACAGUCAGGGCAGGGGGACCAGUGAGUACAAGAAACACCGUAAAGCAGCCAUCACCCUUGCUCUAAUCGUAGGCGUGUUCCUGACAUGCUGGCUGCCCUGGUCCGUCAACAAACUGGUUUCACUCAUAGCUAUAUACACCGAAGAGAGUUUCAUAACAGAUGCUUUGGCUUAUCUGCUAUGGUCGAACAGUGCUAUCAAUCCGUUCCUGUACGCCGUGACCCAUCCGCGCAUCCGGACCGGUCUAAUCGCCUGCUUACUGUGCUGCGUUCCGGCCAAGUUCCGGCCCCGACGAGUCCGGGGAGGGUUCCAAAACACGGACUAUAACCAGAUGACAGGGAGGAGUCGCGCACGGUGUGGGACCGGAACAACUAUCACUGCGCCCGGUAGUGACACCAGGAACAACGACUGCAGUAAACGUGGAUCAUCAGUCUGACGUAACAUGGUCAGUUUCAGCUUGGAUUAUCGGCUUUUUAAUUAGUGUACUUAACCCAUUGUAAUGAGCAGUUAAUGUUUAUCAAAUAGUUUAGGGUUCCAUGCAUGCCAGGGCAUCACUGUUACACCCUCCUUGAUUAAGACCGAAUUUCAUAAAGCAGACUCAAAAAACAAAACCAAUAAUAAUCAAUAUAAAAAUACAAACCGAAUAAUAUAUAGUAACGAAAUUAAUAUUAAACGGAUACAGCUGUUCACCAACCAAAAGUACAGUUAGUUGACUCGACUGGUGCCCAACAAAUUUCGGUACAAAUUAAGUGCUAUUUUGUGAGCGAUAUUUUUAGCUGAAGAGCUUUGCUUGAAUUGGGAUUCACAAGGGAUGUAACAAUUAAUGUUGUCAUUCAUCUAGUCUAUUCCCAGUAUGCAAGUCAGAUGUCACAAGAGCAAGGGUGUAUUUUCAGGGUAUUGUCAAACUUCCUGCGAAGAAAGAUGUGCUCCCCUUCUGUAUGUUCUUACAAAAUCCCAUUUUAAGAAAGGUUUUACACUUGUUUACACAAUUCAAUUCAAGUCAAUUUAUCUUCAUCCUUUAUAAAAGUACAUAAUAAAAUGCAGAAGACUGCAGUAUUUUGAAAGCACGAUCCCAAUAUUAUAGCCAAGGCUUUUAGUGUGGUAACUUGAAAAGAGAAAACAGACCAAAAACAUCCUUCCAUCUUGAUUGUCACUUAGAAAUUGGCCAACCAUUACC